UAUAUAUAGAGAGAGAGAGAGAGGAUUUGUAUGAUUGUUGGGGGCGCACGCGCUAUACUCUAUUGACCUUUCCGAGUCCGUGUCACUGUCUCAAGGCACUAGUACUACCAUUCAUGCUUGUGGUACAACCUGUCUACAGCCACGACCCAACGCAAUCCCCACCCACCCGCGCCGAUUCACCCUCCUCUGUGCCGCGCCGGGGCCGGCCGGACGAGCGCCGCCGGCGCGCAGGCUCCAAAUGAACGGAUCACCCGCCAUUGCCGCUUUUCUCAUUGUAGGACUGCUCGCCAUUGCGUCGGCGCCGUUCGCCGUAUCGGAGGAGGCGAAGCUUGUGGAGGAUGGAGAUGUUUUGGCGGCGAAUGCCACGGGGGUGGAAGCUGGGGGGAAUGGGACUAGGCCGAAGGACACGUUUGCUGAUAUGAUCGAUCGCGCGUUGGAGAAGGAGUUCACCGAAAAUGACGAUCAGAGUGAAGCUAAUGAUGCUGGUAGCUUCAACAACAGUGUGGCUGGGCAGCAGGCUGUGCUGGAAACAGUAGCCAGAGUAAAGUCAAAGAAAAAUGAAACUAAGGAGGAAAAAUCCUUUAAACUUCAUCAAGUGUUCAAUCUGGAUAAUGACAAUGGAGCUGAAGAGACUCCUACAUUGAUUGAUCGAAAGGACAAUGUGUUUAUCAUAUCAAAUUUUAAAUCAAAAUACCCAGUGCUGCAGUUAGACUUGAGGCUCAUAUCAGAUCUGGUGGUUGUGAUUGUUUCUGCUACAUGUGGUGGAAUUGCAUUUGCUUGUGCUGGACAACCGGUUAUUACUGGAUACUUACUAGCAGGAUCAAUUGUUGGACCCGGAGGUUUCAAUGUUAUCAGUGAGAUGGUGCAAGUCGAAACAGUAGCUCAGUUUGGUGUAAUUUUCCUUCUUUUUGCUUUGGGCCUGGAGUUCUCCACAACAAAGCUUCGAGUUGUGCGUGCAGUUGCUGUUCUUGGGGGUUUGCUUCAAAUUCUCCUUUUCAUGUGCCUAUGUGGAAUUAUAGCUUCGCUGUGUGGCGGUAGAUCUUCUGAGGGGGUUUUUGUUGGCGCUUUCCUUUCAAUGUCAUCUACAGCAGUGGUUUACAAGUUUUUGAUGGAGAAAAACAGUACGAAUGCUCUGCAUGGUCAAGUUACCAUUGGCACACUGAUUUUACAGGACUGUGCUGUGGGAUUAUUAUUCGCAUUGCUUCCUGUAUUGGGUGGAACAUCUGGUGUGAUGCAGGGUGUGGUGUCCAUGACCAAAUCGUUGGUGGUGUUGAUUGCUUUCUUGACAGCUUUGGCAAUAUUAUCACGGACCUGUCUACCAUGGCUCCUUAAACUUAUGAUAAGUUUAUCAUCGCAGACUAAUGAGCUCUAUCAAUUGGCAUCAGUUGCAUUUUGUCUACUUGUAGCUUGGUGUAGUGAUAAGCUUGGUCUUAGCUUAGAGUUGGGUUCGUUUGCUGCUGGAGUGAUGAUAGCAACAACUGACCUUGCUCAGCAUACCCUUGAACAAGUUGAACCUAUUCGUAAUAUGUUCGCUGCCCUUUUCUUGGCCAGCAUAGGAAUGCUAAUCCAUGUUCACUUUCUAUGGAAUCACGUCGACAUCCUGGUUGCAUCAGUUAUCUUAGUGGUUACUGUUAAGACUUUGGUAAUUUCUGCCGUUGUCAAGGCUUUUGGCUACAACAACAAAACUUCACUUCUUGUAGGGAUGUCGUUAGCACAAAUUGGGGAAUUUGCUUUUGUACUGCUCAGCCGUGCUUCAAAUCUCCAUCUUGUUGAGGGGAAAGUGUAUCUGCUGCUGCUUGGAACAACUGCUCUCAGUCUGGUAACUACUCCAUUGCUUUUUAAGUUAAUACCAGCAGUUGUGCACCUUGGCGUGUUGUUACGAUGGUUCACUCCAGACGCACCAGUCGAGCUUGGAUUCAAAGGCGAAAUUCUGCGCACUGAUAGUGCUAAGCAGAGGAUUGCUUUAAUCUCCAAGGAUCUCUUGAUACACGAAGGAUGAUUUUCCUAUCUACAGUCCUUUUAGACCAUCCUACCUGCACACAUGAUCGCUUAUAUAUCUCUUAACUAAAGAGUGAAAAAGAAAAAAAAGAAUGAUCGAAUGGAUUGAUACAGACUUGCUGUGGAGUAAUCUAACUGCUAGAAGGUACUAACAGUUGAUGUCGAGGUAAUGCCACUAACUUUCUGUUAAUUUUGUUUUGUGUUUUGUGUUUGGUGUAAAGUAGUGUUCGGCGUAAGCUCUGUAUUCCAGCUCGGUAUGCUAUUCGUUUCUUUUCCCACGGCUUUUGUUGUUCUUCUACGCCCGUGUUUUUGUUUUCUUUUUUUUUUUUUUUUUUUCUUUUUCCGGUAUUUUUCAGAUAAAGAGCUUUCUAUAUGUAUUGUGUUCUUCAUUGGAAAUUUGUACAGUUGAAGCCAUUGUUGUUUCGUCAUAUUUCCAGGUACCAACCAUUACAUACACUUGUUUAUAUAUAUAUAUAUAUAUAUGUUGCUUUGGUGAUUUUGAAA